ACAUCUUUGCGAUGUAUUGACUUUACGUCGUUUAUGACGUCAUGACGUUUGUAACUAUGGGUAAUUGUGUUUUCUCGCAUAGCAGAGAUUUUACUUAGCCGUACUACCAACACUAUUUUCCUUGAGAUGUGAAAAAAGCUACAAAGGUGUAUGCAAGACUGUUAUGGCAAUAAAUUUGGAAUUGUUCGACGCCAUUCCAGAGAAUGUUUAUACUGAGACGAUAAUUCUUUCCAAGUUUUCAGGUAAUACCAACGACAGUGCUCAAAAUGUAGCGGAUCUUACAAAUCAGCGACUAAGCAACACAGCUUCCGGUACACACCCUGUAAGUAGCUGCUACUCUGGAAACUUCCGCACUGGAAAAGCCCAGAAUCCUUCAUUGUCCGGAGCGAUAUCAACAGAGAAAUAUCCGAGUUUGCAUGCAUAUGGAAUUCACAGCACCAGUUCAUUGACAAAGUCUCCUUCAGUCGAGACACCGCUCGGAGUAGUUCGGCUGUGUUCGUCGCCAAGUAUUGAGCCAGUGCGCAUACAUAGCGGAACCUCUACCGAGAGCUUCCGGCGUGAUAUCAGCUUGUACAAACUCAACGCGAUGCCAGCCCUGGAAGAAACUGACCAUGUUUCAGACGAUGGGGCAGACGAAAUAAGUGGGCGAUCAAAAACCAACGAUUUAUCUAAAAUUAAAAAGAGCCGACGAAAACGUCUUGACCCUGGAUUGAUUGAAAUUGAGGAUGAAGAAAGCCAUGCGAUGCAAGACAAUCUAGUGGAAGCGUCAGUGCAAAAGAAAGGAAAAUUCAAAGGGUUAUCACAAUGUUUCAAAGGGCUUUUCCCAUGUACAAGAUCUAACAAGAACGAUCUGGACCCCGAUUGUUUGCUUGAUGUAAUGUCGAAUCCGCGUGAAACGUAAUUAAAUGUAUAUUUGUGCAUAA